UACAUCUCAGGCACAUUCGGUUUGCUAAGAGGUUUACCAAGGGAUCUGAGCAAUCCACCGCUACCACUACACAUUUUAAACUGCAUCAGUAUCUAUCUUGUGUACUUCUUGGCAGUUGGUUACAUAUUAAUAGUACUUCUGGAAUUCGAAUAUUCAAAAUAAUUUUUCAGACCUCCCCCCAAGGAUUGCUUGUCAGGACAAACAAGGAGGAUGGCUGAUCAGUUGCAAGAUGUCAUCCAGAGAUGGCGAAAGGCUGUUGUGGAAGGUGGUUUGAGGCCAGAGGACCAAGAACUGUUCCAGAAUGCUGGCUUGACCUGUAUCAAACAGGGCGAUACAUCAAAACUGUUGGAUUUCAUUCAGGAUGAGAAGAACCAGGGCAUAGUGGAGUCUAUGGGCUGUGGCCUCCUGGCGCCCCUGGUGGCCGAGGUACUGAGAAACAACUCCUUGACCUGUCACGCUGUCAUCACACAUCUGGCCAAGACAUGCAGCCCAACGGAACUCAUGCUUAUUUUGCUCGGUCAAGUAGACGACCUUCAUCCAGACCUUAUUGUCGUUACCAUCAAACUUAUGGCCCCGCAUCUUCAGACAGUGCUGCUGCGGCUGGGUGAGCAGAAAGCCCCCUGGGUAGGUCUGACGCUGGUGGCCCUACAAAAACAGGUUUCCCGGCUGCCAGUGCCUUACACCAAGGAGCAGGAGGCGGAGGACACGCACGGUCUGUGCAGCUGCUGCUCCGCCCUGGUCCGGUUUGUGGAGCCGUUCGUGGAGGAGGUGAAGAGGACGUGCAGCGGCAGGGAUGGAGACACUGCUUCAGACAAUCAGCUGAAGACUGAGCUGCUCAAGUUCUGCAUGGGGAGCUUAAGGGAGCCACUCCUUCAAGCACAGUUAGACCAGUCUAUAGACAUCAAUCAACAGUCUCAACUCUGGCACUUUGCUAAAGUCAUACUGGCAAUGCUGCCAGCCAUUCAUGAACCUCUCCCAAGACUCCUGUUCUACAAGGCUUUGAAGACCAAAGAAGAGUCGGACCUCCAGACGGACAGCGUUAAAGCCCUGGAGUCACGGGCUUGCCUGGCAUACCUGCUAUUUGUCCAGCUCAUCACCAUUGAAAACUUUCCUAUGGUUUUCAGCCCUGUGUUUGUUCUGCAAUGUAACAUGGAAUAUAUUGACAUCUUGCUAAGUAGAAAAGACGAAUCAUUCCUACUCAAAGGCCUGGAAUUAUAUACAACAUGUCUGGAGAAAGUGGAGAAUAACAGCCUCCAAGUUGAGCUGCUGGACCUGAAGUCAUUUUACAGAGUUCCACAGCACAUGGUGCAGAUCCUGACAGUGUGUCCAAUUCAGCAUUUGAGAAGAAAAGCGAUAAAAGUGUUCCAGCUAUACAUAGAUAAAUUGGGACCUGAGGCUAAGCACAUAUUCUUCAGGUGUAUGAUGAAAACCAGUCGCCAUGCUGGAGUAGAGGGUUACAUUAUAAAAAACAUCAAAAAUCAGAUUGCGCUCUCCUUGAAGUCAGGUAGAGAGAGUGAAUGGUUUGUGGGGAUCCAGGUUGUUCCCUUGCUGAGACAGGUUCUGUGUUUCCCACGGGGCCCAGAAACAGACCUGCUGCACAGUAUGGACAGGGUAAUGGAGUCUCUCAAUCUGUUACGAUACCUGCUUAUGCGAGACAAGGACUGGCCGCUCACUUCAGGUAUAUGGCCAGAGCUGUGUAAGAUCAAAGAGGACUACCUGAAGGUACUGAGGGUGUGUCUCGCACUCUCCAGAGCAUACUACGCAGGGGAGGUUAAGACCAUGAGAGAGGACAGGAAGGCUCAAGCACAGGAAGCCAGAGAUGCAAGAGGUGCACCAGUACAGACGAUGAGGGUGAAAGAAGAGAAGGUUUCUGACAUGACCCCAGAGAUGCAGUACCAGGUACUACAGUGUGCUCUGGUGACCUUUGACCUGAUGGAGAGUCUUGUGGUCCAUAUUGAAGAGAUAUGUGAGGAGAAAGUAAAAACCGGGACUGCUGUCUAACAGAGAUGGAUCGGAGUCAUUCAAAUAGCAUUGCUUCAUUAAGAUUUUUUUUAUUGUGCUACUGAAUAAAUACAUCAAAAGUU